CCCUGCCAUGUGAGGAGCCUUCAUGCCCAUAUAUGGUCACUGCCAUAGGCAAACACUUUCUAUUGGGACCGCUUGAUUGUCACUAGGGUUACCUACUGAUGAAUCUCCUGCCGGGGACAGCUUUUUAUUUUUUUUUCCCUCUCCCCUUCUUUCCCUCCUCCUCCUCCUCCUCCUCAUCCUCCUCCUUUUUGAAGGACGUUGAAGUGAAUUAGCGUCCGGCAUGUGAACAAGUGGCUGCAUUGUACGGAUUGCAAAACAGGGAUCACAUUGUAGCUGCGGGAUUUACUAUCACGUAGCUAAAAGGAUCUGCAAUAUUAAGGUUUGGGGGAACUCAUGUUAAGAGAGGAAAUCCUUUGAAGUGGUCGUCCAGAAACUAGGUGGAAAAGGUUUGCGGGGAUGGGUAAUCUUCUUAAAGUGCUAACCAGGGAAAUAGAAAAUUAUCCACAUUUUUUCCUGGAUUUUGAAAAUGCUCAACCGACUGAUUGCGAGAGGGAAGUCUGGAACCAAGUCAACGCUGUGUUGCAGGAAUCUGAAAGCAUUCUGUCAGAUCUGCAGGCGUACAAAGGAGCUGGACAAGAGAUACGAGAUGCUAUACAAAAUCCUAAUGACAUCCAACUUCAGGAAAAAGCCUGGAACGCUGUCUGCCCCCUUGUCGUCCGGCUGAAGCGGUUUUAUGAAUUUUCUCUAAGACUUGAAAAAGCAUUGCAAAGUUUACUGGAGUCUUUGACCUGCCCCCCAUACACUCCGACACAACACCUGGAAAGGGAGCAAGCCCUGGCUAAAGAGUUCGCUGAAAUUCUGCACUUUACGCUUCGUUUCGAUGAGCUGAAGAUGAGAAAUCCGGCAAUCCAGAAUGACUUUAGUUACUACAGACGGACGAUAAGUCGCAACAGGAUAAAUAACAUGCAUUUAGAUAUUGAAAAUGAAGUAAACAAUGAAAUGGCCAACAGGAUGUCCUUGUUCUAUGCUGAAGCCACGCCAAUGCUGAAAACCCUGAGCAACGCUACCACCAACUUUGUGUCCGAUAACAAAACUUUACCCAUUGAAAACACAACAGAUUGCUUGAGUACAAUGGCCAGCGUGUGCAAAGUCAUGCUUGAAACGCCUGAAUACAGGAGCCGGUUCACCAGUGAAGACACGCUCAUGUUCUGUAUGAGAGUAAUGGUCGGUGUUAUAAUUCUUUAUGAUCAUGUGCAUCCAGUAGGAGCAUUCUGCAAGACAUCAAAGAUGGAUAUGAAAGGCUGUAUAAAGGUUUUGAAAGAGCAACCCCCAGAUUCUGUGGAGGGCCUAUUAAAUGCACUCAGGUUUACUACAAAGCACCUGAACGACGAGUCGACUUCGAAACAGAUCCGGACGAUGCUUCAGUAAAAUCCUUUCGCUCGAAGAGGAUUCUUUUACUGACCUCAGAAGAUGUAUAUGUUUACAUAAUUUAAUACAGAUUGAUGUUAAUACUUAUGUGUAUUUACAUAGCCAUUACCUUAUUUCGUCACUGAAACUUAGACUUAUAUACUUGUCUCAAGCUCUUCGGGGGCGGGGCGAGCUCCUCAGCAUGCUGGGCAGUGACGUCCCUCCUGGAUCCUGAAGGGUUAUUAAUCUGACUGAUUUAGCACAACCUUACAUUUACAUACACUAUUAUUAUUAUUAUUAUAAUAAUAAUUAUUAUUAUUUUUUGUUUUGUUUUUGGACUUGCAAGUUGAACAAAUGUAUGUUUUUGGGUUUUUGUUAUAUAUAUAUUUUUUUUUUCUUUUACCAAAGUGCUUAUACCAUACUUUAAAACUGUGUGAAUUGAUUGGUUGUAUCUGCUAUUGUGUUUUACUUUGUCGGUUUGUCCAAUGAUGCAGUUAAGGCACUGUUGUGUUAUUUUAUUAUAAUAUUUUGUCUCGUCUCCGAUGUCAGAUCUGCGGCCUUAAAGUGCAUUUCCCUCCCCUCUCUUCCCUCCCACCAAAAAAAAUAUAAAAUCCCCCCAAUAAAUAGUCCUCAUCAACAAGUUGUUACAAUGAAGCUACAAAGCCUAAAUGGAAUUAGUAUUAUCUUGGUGAUGUUGCUGGGUAACAAUAUGACUGCCUUUCAAUUCCGGCUUCCACCGUGGUUACAGCCUAGACCAGUGGUCCCCAAACUGUGGCCCUCCAGAU